AUGGUAAAUUUAAAAUCUCAGAAACGUUUAGCUGCAGCUGUUCUUGGGUGUGGCAAACGGAAGAUCUGGAUUGACCCUAAUGAAAUAUCAGAAAUUAGUAAUGCUAAUUCACGCCAAAAUAUACGCAGAUUAAUUAAGGACGGUUUGAUCAUCCGUAAGCCUCCUGUCAUUCAUUCUCGUUUUCGUGUCCGUCUUUUGCAUGCUUCUAAGAGUAAAGGUCGUCAUAUGGGACCAGGAAAACGUAAAGGAACAGCAAAUGCACGUUGUAGUUCUAAAUUUCAAUGGCAAUGUCGUUUGCGUGUACUUCGUCGUUUGCUGCGUAGAUAUAGAGAUGAUGGGAAGAUUGAUAAAUGCUUAUAUCAUACGUUAUACGCAAAGGCAAAGGGGAAUCAGUUUAAGCACAAAAGGGCUUUGGUCGAAUAUAUUCAUCGUGAGAAAGCGGAAGCAGCACGAUCUAAUCUAAUUCAACAACAAAUGGAGGCUAGACGAGCUAAGGCAAAGGCUGCAAGGGAAAGACGUACUCUACGCAUUAUUGAAAAAAGAAACGAAUUUCUUAAAGCUGAUGAAAAAUGA